AUGGACACCUCUCUGAAGUCCCAUGUCCUCGUCACGGACACCGAGAAGUCGCCAGAACCCCCAAUUUCAGAGACCAGCGCGCCCCAAGAUAACGAUGACGAGACGCUGCAGAGAAUUCCCUGGUCAUACAAAUGGAUUGCUCUUGUCUGCGUUGUUUCCCUGCCCAUCGGGCACACCUGGACCGGCUCGGCUCUCGGCCCGCUGAAGAACACCCUCCGGAACGAGCUCGAUAUUAACAAUGCGCAGUUUGGCGUGAUCAGCAGCGCGGAUGCAUUCGUCAAUACGGUGUUUCCCAUCAUCGGAGGUUUGAUCCUGGAUUGGUGGGGCCCGAAUGUGGUGACCAUGUGCUGCACGGCGGUCAUCCUCGUCGGCUCCGUGGUUGCGGCAGCCGGCGUGCAAGUGGGGUUGUGGAGGGUCCUUGUCUCCGGACAUGUGCUGAUGGGAUUUGGAAUCGCGGUACUUGACUCGGCGACGCAGAAGUUCUUCUACCACUGGUUCGGUGCCUCCGGCUUAGCCUUUGCCUUUGGCCUCGAAAGCGCCAUUGCCAACACCGUCAGUCUCGUGUCCGGCAUGGUGGCCAUUCCAAUUCGCGACGGGACGGGCUGGUACGGCUGGACUUUCUGGAUUCCCGUCUUCUUCUGCGGCUUCUCGCUUGCCGUCAACAUCGCAUACGUGUGCUUCGAGCGCCUCGCAGUCCCAGCACACUUUCGCCUCACUUCCGGCCGAGCCAAAGCUAUUGCGGAGAAGCAGAACUUGUCGGAUCGGAAGAGAUUCUCGUGGAACGUGUUGUUCACCCUGCCUUGGGCGUACCUUAUGCUGCCUGCAACACAACUUCUACAGAGUGGUGCUGCAGGUGGAUUCAGCACCAGCUCUGCGGACAUCAUCUUCAUGAAAGGGUACACUGAAGAGGUGGCUGGGUACUUGUCGACUGCGCAGAAGAUUCUGCCAAUUGUGCUGAGUCCUGUUGUUGGACUUGCCAUUGACAAAUAUGGACACCGGUUUCACUACGUUGCAACUGCCCCCAUACUAUGGAUCAUUGCUUGCUCGAUGCUGGGCUUUACCGACGUUCAUCCGACAGCAGCCCUGGUCUUUUCAAGUUUGGCAGGCGUGAUCAACUCUAUGCCAUUGCAGAUUUGCAUUCCGCUGCUGGUGGCAGAUCAAGCCAAGAUCGGGACGGCCUUUGGUGUAUGGCGAGCGUUCAACAAUUCCGGCUCAACGAUCAUGGACGUCGUCUUUGGGGCCCUCCAAGAUAGCACCGAAGGCAAUGGUUAUUCAAAGGUGCUCAUCGUUGCUAUCGCAAUUAAAGCCUGGGCGUUCGUGUUGGGACUUUCGUACAUCUUUAUCGACUACAACUUUCUCGGCAAGGGCAUGACGAUGACGAGGAAGCAGAGGGAAGCUAGGGAGGCUCAAAUCGUUGACAGAGAGGCUGAUCCCCUGACGAAACGAACCUCGAAGAAGUGGUUUACUACUCUCACAUUCGGGCUGUUGCUCGCCAUCAUUGCGAGCGCGUGGGCGGUGUUUGUGCGGUACUUGAUCUGA